UAGUUUUGACUUGUUCAAUGUUACUUUUGUCUGCGAUUCAAGUUGGAAACGUCUUUGAUUUUUCUUCUAUCUGUUGAAUUUUGUUCUUCCGGAGUGUUUUCUUCGAUUGAAAUUUCCGUAAACCUAUUCUUGGUGUUCGUCCUGAUUCUUGUGGUUUAUCGGUGAAUUGGAUCUAUUUUAAUGUGCGUUCUGCUUCGAUUUUGUUGUUGGUUUUGUGUUUGUUGAUUUUCUUGUUUUGGAUUUGGUGGAGAGUGAGGAGAUCUACUGAUUAGUGUGUUCAUUCUCAAUCUCUGCAUUUAGUACUGCGGAGCAUCAAGAUCAAGCACUUCUGUUUCUUUCUUUUGAAUGAAGAUUGAGGACUUGAAGUGCUGACUAAAAACAACUCCAUAGAUUAUAAUGUCUUCCCCGGGCAAGAUUCAUCACAAGGCCACUCUUGAUGCUGCCUCAUGGAUGUUUAAUGUCGUCACGUCCGUAGGGAUAAUUAUCAUCAAUAAAGCAUUGAUGGCCACAUAUGGAUUCAGCUUUGCUACAACUUUAACUGGCCUACAUUUCGCCACAACGUCCUUGCUGACUUUUAUUCUUAAGCAACUUGGUUAUAUUCAAGAUUCUCACUUACCAUUCCUUGACAUUCUUAAAUUUGUUAUAUUUGCUAACUUCUCCAUUGUGGGAAUGAAUGUGAGCUUAAUGUGGAAUUCUGUUGGGUUCUAUCAGAUUGCAAAGUUGAGCAUGAUCCCCGUAUCUUGUUUUCUAGAAGUUGUUUUGGAUAAGGUGCAAUACUCAAGGGACACAAAGCUUAGCAUACUGUUAGUUCUACUUGGUGUUGGAGUUUGUACUGUCACUGAUGUUAGUGUCAACAUGAAAGGUUUUGUGGCUGCCGUAGUGGCGGUAUGGAGCACUGCCUUGCAGCAGUAUUAUGUACAUCACCUCCAGCGAAAAUAUUCUCUUGGAUCAUUCAACUUAUUGGGUCAUACCGCUCCAGUGCAGGCUGCAUCUUUGCUGUUAGUCGGGCCCUUUUCAGACUAUUGGUUGACUGGAAAGAGAGUCGAUGCCUAUGGUUACACUUUUAUGUCCUUGACGUUCUUAAUCCUUUCAUGUACCAUUGCGGUAGGGACAAAUCUCAGCCAGUUCAUAUGCAUUGGUAGGUUCACUGCUGUGACAUUCCAAGUGCUCGGCCAUAUGAAGACUAUUUUAGUCUUGACGUUAGGAUUCAUUUUCUUUGGGAAAGAGGGCCUCAACUUACAAGUAAUUAUAGGUAUGGCCAUCGCAAUUCUUGGAAUGAUCUGGUAUGGAAAUGCCUCAUCUAAGCCAGGAGGGAAGGAGCGUCGUAGUUUUUCCUCAACAAGUAGCAAAGCAUUAAAGCACACUGGAUCAGAAUCUUCCGAUCUUGAUGAAAAGAUCUAGAGCUGAGUAGAUUUUGUAGUUUUUAUUUUUUCCCCAAUAAUGGCCAUUGAUGAAAAAAUAAAAGGGAAAUGAUAUAGAGACUAGAGAGAGAAAAGGAAAUGAUAUUGACUUCAGUAUAUUCCAGGAGAUUCUUGACACAUAAUUGGCAGGGCCCCUCACCUAUUUUAGUUCAUUAUAGCUUUUUUUUAGUUCUCUUUCUUUCUUUUAUUCACAUGAAAAAGGUAUGCCAUCUUUUGAAGGGAUGCAACUCAAUGGUUCCCCUACAAAAGGUAUACAAUGUUACAGAUACCACAGUUAUCAAUAGAGUAUAGAUAUUUCCCUACUUCAAUCUCCUUGUCUAGUCGCUAUUCCAACAUUUUUGUGCAUCGGUCGACGUAUUAUCGUAUUUUAUGCUUUGUUGCUUGAAAUUUUCUUACUAUAUCUGACUAACCCAUUUCGAUGUCCAAGCAUUAGUGGACCAUUAGUUGCAAUCUGAUUUCUUAAGAUUCACCUGGAAAUUUUUUGCACGUGAGAAACAUACCUUGUUAUGUUUUAGGUGGGCUUCUGAAGAAGGAUCAUUGAAUUAUUGGGAGGACUAAUAGUAAAUAGGAACCUCCUGUGGGUUCAAUGACUGUGGUACCUCUCAGUUUGAUCUGCCAAUUUUUUUUGAGACAGGGCACAGACAGCAGCUGCAACUCUCUAGGACUUGUCAUUUGCAGACUGGAAAAUGGGUUCUUAGCCUUCCCUCUGCCUGGCUGAGUGAUUGUUUCAGUGAUGGAGAAGAAAACAAGAGAAAGGGUUCAUGGAUUUACUAAAAAGCUUCAGAGAGAGAAAGUCAGGUUCAUUCAAUUUUAUUUACAGCUGCAUCUGGGUCCAAGCAAGUGUCCCUAUGUGCCUCAGAAUGGCCAUGGCUGCCUAAGAUUUGGGUACCAACAAAAAUUGGACACUAUCUACAUUGAUAUUCAUCUCCUUUGCUUCCACAAUUAUCCUCUUGUUUUCAUAGCUGAAUAUAGCUUUUGAAUUGUGAACAGUAUGGUACUGUUCAACU